AAUUAUAUUUUUUGUAAAAGUCCCAAAAAUCUCACCAAACAGACCUCAUUCACUGUCACACACUUUUUUGCCCGACUUUAUAGUAGGCCAUUAAACGCCGACCACAUCGCCGAUUUCCCAACAAUGAAACUGAGGAAUCGUAUGGCUGAUCUUGCCGUACAAUUAUCCAGUUUGGCGGCACAGUCAAUGGCCAAAAAUGAAAAGGACGUCGCCAACUCAACAGGGAAGUUUCCAUGCUGA